AUGAGCGACUUCGGCCAGCAGGCCAAUGGUCCAGUGGCCUCUCCUGGACCUUUUAUCGGUCCCCCUUCUCUCCCACAUGUUGUCCCCUACGUGAGCUCCCAGGCAACCCCUGGUAAACAAUUACCACCAGGCAUGCACUUGGGCCAGUGGAAUGUGUUCAGGAAUGGAGUGAGACCCGGCCAAAGCGCCCGGACAACAGGCCUGGAGACUACUUCCAUUCUAGCACGAGCAGUAUAUGUGAGCAUUCCCAUUCCCUGCUCACGCCGCCCCCAAGGGAUGAGUAUGUGUCUUUCACCCCCUUCGCACAAACGAGCGCCACACAAAUUCAGGUCUCGCCCUCGUUCGCCCUCACAGAGCUCGUGCUCUCUUCCUCGUCGCUUCAAGUUCUCUCGCAGCUUCUACAGGCUUUCAGUUUUGCGUCUCUCGUCGUCGAGCCAGCACGCAGGCCAAUGCGAGACCGACACCGCCGGGGCUUAA